AUGAGGAAAACCUCCGAGGAUUGUCUCACUUUGUCUCCAGACUGGAAAGUAGAAGAUGAGGACAUCACACAGUAUAGUCCAGGAGAAAACCCGGCUCCCUCCAAUGUCCAUCCGGCACCACCCAGUGUAGAUGGACCAUCAGAUUCCUCGUAUCCUGAGGAACCUCAGACAGUGCGGGACCGGGCCGGCCUUCCAACAGGGAAGAGCUUCUCCUGUACUGAGUGCGGGAAAUGUUUCCGUUAUAAGUCCGAUCUUUCCAGACAUCGGAGAUCUCACACAGGGGAGAAGCCGUAUUCCUGUCCUGAGUGCAGGAAAUGUUUUUCAGACAAGUCCAAUCUUUACACACAUCAGAGAACUCAUGUGGGAGAGAAGCCAUAUUCCUGUCCUGAAGUGCGGGAAUGUUUUACAGUGAAGUCCAGUCUUCACACACAUCAGAGAUCUCACACAGGGGAGAAGCCGUAUUUCUGUCUUGAGUGCGGGAAAUGUUUUUCAGUGAAGGUCGGUCUUUACAUACAACAGAGAUCUCACACAGUGGAGAAGCCACUUUCCUGUCCUGAGUGA